AUGUUGAAUAUCAUCUAUCCAUAUGUAUCAAUUUUUCGUACUGCUCGAGACAUGAUCUGUGAGAAUGGUGCUCAAGAAUUGCAUAUUUGUAUUUUGAGUUCAAGGGAUGGAAGACAGUACACUAGACCCACUACAACUGAAAUUGCCGCAUUAAUUGUUGGUGAUGGGUCUGAAAGCACUAGAAAUCGUGACGUAAUUGUUACAAAAUUGGAUGGACAUUUACAAAGGAUUAAUGAAACACAUCCUUCAUACAUGCCACUUCAAUAUCCAUUACUUUUUCCCUAUGGGACUAAUGGAUGGAGAAGGUGGCCCACGAAAUAUGAUUCAGCAUUACCAAGAUGCGAUCGCAAUAUGUCGAAAGGUAUUGCAACUUUGCUCUUACCCGGGAAACAAACUGCUUAUUCUCGUUUCAAGAUUCCACUUGACCCUGAUAACUCAUCAUGUUGUUCAAUAAAUCAAGGGACAGAUGUGGCAAGGUUAAUUCAAGAGGCGUCGUUAAUUAUAUGGGAUGAAGCACCAAUGGUUAGUCAUCAUGCUUUUGAAGCUGUUGAUUAUACAUUUAGGGACAUAUUGAAAAAUACAAAACAUUGUUCAGAGGAUAAGGUUUUUGGUGGAAAACUAUUUGUGCUUGGUGGUGACUUUAGACAAAUAUUGUUUGUCGUACCUAGAGGUGGGCGUGAACAAACAGUGGAAGCUUCAUUGCCUAAGUCAACAAUUUGGAAGCAUUGUCAAGUUUUGCAUCUUACCAGAAAUAUGCGUGUUAUAGCACAAGAUAUUUCUAAUCAUACGCGUCAUGAAUUACGUGACUUUGCAGAGUGGAUUAAAUUGGUUGGUGAAGGGAAAAUAAUGGGAAGCUCAUUUAGUGAAGGCUAUGAACCUAAUUGGAUACAGAUACCAGAAAAAUUUGUUAUAAAAAAUGGAGAAAGAGAUUUGCACCAGUUAAUCGAUGCCACCUAUCCUGAUUUCAUAAAUAAAUAUCAGGAUAUGUCGUACUUAAAAGAACGAGGCAUUUUAGCUCCUAAAAAUAGUGAUGUUGAUGAAAUCAAUUCUAUUAUGCUUUCGAUGCUUCCUGGAGAGAUGAAAACUUUUAACAGUGCUGAUAAAUUGUGUCCAACAGAAAGUGAGAGCAAUGUUCAAGACAUGAACCCUCCUGAACUUUUGCAUUCUUUGAAUUUACCAGGACUCCCAAAUCAUUGUUUGCAGUUGAAAGUUGGAACACCAAUAAUGCUUCUAAGAAAUGUCAACCAAUCUUUGGGAUUAUGCAAUGGCACUCGAUUAAUUGUUGAUAAGAUGGGAAAUCGAGUAAUUGAAGCUAGAGUUAUUACAGAGUCUAGAGUUGGUGAGAAAGUAUUACUUUCACGUAUUGUUUUAACACCUUUCAAAAGUCAUGCUCCUUUUACAAUGAAAAGAAGGCAAUUUCCAAUAAAGUUGGCAUUCGCUAUGACAAUAAGUAAGAGUCAAGGGCAAACUUUGAAGAAUGUGGGCCUUUAUCUUCCGAAUCUGGUCUUCUCUCAUGGCCAACUGUAUGUAACUCUAUCAUGUGUCACCUCUCCAUUAGGCUUAAAGGUAUUGAUUAUUAAUAAACAAGGCAUACCGGAUGAUGUCACAAAAAAUGUAGUUUACAUAGAAGUUUUUAGUGGCAUUGAUCAAUAA